AUGACGCUUUCAGCAAGUAAACCACAGCAGCAAUCAAGUAAGCAUGAUGCAGCCCCGUGGGCUGUUCUAUACAGACAUACACUCCUUUCUCUGUUCGCAUUCCGACUCUUGAACGCGUUGGUUCUCAGAACCUUCUUCCAACCAGAUGAGUACUACCAAUCACUCGAGCCGGCCUGGUGGGUGGCAUUCGGCCACGAUAGUGGAGCGUGGACUACUUGGGAGUGGAAGCAGCACCUGCGAGCUGCCCUUCACCCAGGGCUCUUUGCGCUGGUUUACAAAAGUUCCAAUGUCCUCGUUACCACACUGGAUUUGUCUGCAAGCUCUAGAGCCGCUGUGCUCCUCGCGACACCUAAGACAUUGCAAGCUUUCAUCGCAGCACUUGGAGAUUACUACACUUACAAACUCGCGCAGCAAGUUUAUGGACGACAUUCCCGUUCAGCAGUAUGCACGAUCUUGCUUACGGUCGGAAGUGCAUGGAACUGGUUCGUCAGCACCAGAACAUUUAGCAAUUGUAUCGAGACGACCCUGACCGCGGUUGCACUUUACAACUGGCCAUACCAUUGGGCACUUGGCAGCGACGAAGUCGGGUUUCAACUCGACAGUAAUAUCUUGCGUAUUCGUCGGACAGAUUCUGUUACGCUAGAAGAAGAGGAAGCCAUUGCUGAGGUCGAUGAAACCACGAGAUUACGAAGGACUCUUUUUUGUGCCUCGACUGCAGUCAUCCUUCGACCUACGAAUGCUAUCAUAUGGCUUACUUUGACCACCGCAACCUUUGGGCGAGGCAUGUAUCGUCAUGGUGUGCAUUGGGAGGUUGACGCAUUCAUUCGUCAGGGACUCUUUUGCAGCGGCAUUGUUCUUGCUCUGUCCGCAUUCGUUGACCGACUCUUUUACGAUGUCUGGACGUUUCCUGUCUGGCAGUUUUUCAAGUUCAAUGUUCUACAGUCUUUGGCUGUAUUCUAUGGCAACAAUAACUGGCACUACUACCUCAGUCAGGGCUAUCCGCUAUUACUAACCGCAGCUGUUGUGCCCGCUGCAUUGGGUCUACGCAAUGCUCUUAUUCUGCGUGAUGAGCCUCGCUGUGUCAGCAUACAGUCAAGACUUAUUCUUCAUCGGCUUGCACUGGUCAGCAUUGUACUACCAAUGGUCUUAUCCGUUCUUUCUCACAAAGAGGUGCGCUUUAUCUACCCUAUUCUGCCAGCCCUCCAUGUCAUCGCAGCAUUGCCCUUCGCAAAAUUGGUAGGAUUCACGGAUAUUAUCGCGUCAGGGAACGCGAACAGGCGCCAGCGCACAUUCAAGCCGACACUAUUCGGCGCUUUCUUCAUUACCAUCAAUGUCAUGCUCGCUAGCUACUUCUCCUUAUUCCACAACUCUGGACUCAUCAAGGUUACUGAUUACCUCCGCUCCGAAUUUGAAGCCAUACGCCUUACUCAAGCCGAGAUACAAACGCAGCUUAAUCGCAACCUAACUUUUGCCAUUCUGAUGCCCUGCCACUCCAUCCCCUGGCGCUCUCACAUUCAAUAUCCACCUACAUUCACCACACCUGGUAUUUCAGGCUGGGCCCUGACCUGCGAACCACCACUGAACCUCUUACCCUCCGAAAAAGCGACAUACCAAGACGAAGCGGAUAUAUUCUACCUCGAUCCUGCGGUCUGGUUGAAACAGAAUAUGGUUCGAGACCCACCCUCGGGACCACCGCCACCUGGCUUUUACGCGCCUGACCCAGCCGAUGCAAAAAAGCUAUGGAGCAAUCCUAAUCCACAGCGUGGUGUAUGGCUCAAUGAAGGCGAAGGCGGACAGAACACAGGGGUUCCGAACAGGAGGAAGAGAGCAUGGCCGGACUACCUGAUCUUCUUUGAGCAACUGGAGCCAAGCAUGAAAGCUACUCUUGGACAGAGUGCGUAUAGAGAGUGUGCUAGAUUUCAUAAUAGUCUCUUCCAUGAUGAUUGGAGAAGGACAGGUGAUGUGAUAGUUUGGUGUUUACCGGAUGUACAUCGAUAA